UCGUGAUGAAAUAGAAAAAGGUAAAUUAAGUAAAUAUUAUUUUCCACUGAUCUGUGUUAUAUAUACAUUUUCAUUCAACUUAACACAUUUUCCAAGGUUUCUGAGGUUAAAAUCGCCGAAUUUGAGCGUUCCGCGAUCACAGACGGAGCUGAAUAUGUGAAUCUCCGGGUGAGGCUCGGGAGCGCUGUGCCUCAUGUCUGACGGCCAGACUCAAUACAGAGACGUGCCGUGGACGCACUGCUAUAGGCCUGCAGAAACGGCUUCAGGUGAGGCAAGCCUCACCAGCAGGGGGCAGACGUGAGCUGACAGCUGCUUUGUAGCUACACUAGUUCCGUAGAAACAGACAGAGGAUGAGAAACUCAUAAAAUAAAGGAAAAUAAGGAAGAAUUUUUCACCAGAUCACAGAGUUUUUGUGAAGAAGGAUCGGCAGACAGACGCAAAAAAUUAAGAAGAUGGAUUACUUAGAGGAAGACCUUGCCGGCAACUUCACUUUUGAUUACGAAGAGCCAUGUGUAUACAGUCUGAACAGCAGCAUGGACAGAAAGGUUUUGCCGUUUGUUCACUCCAUCAUCUGUGCUCUAGGCCUGGUGGGGAAUAGUCUGGUCAUCAUCACCUACGCUCUGUACAAAAGGGCCAAGUCCAUGACUGACCUCUACCUGCUCAAUGUUGCCAUUGCUGACCUGCUUUUUGUGCUUUCACUGCCGCUGAUCAUCUACAAUGAGAUAACAUCCUGGUCCAUGGGCUGGCUUUCCUGCAAGCUGCUGCGCGGCUCCUACAGUGUCAAUCUGUACAGCGGCAUGCUGCUGCUGGGCUGCAUCAGCAUAGACCGUUACCUUGCCAUCGUGCAGGCCCGCCGGAGCUUCAGGCUGCGCUCGUUGUCCUACAGCCGCCUGAUCUGCGCCCUCAUCUGGGUGUUCGCUGUCCUUGUGUCCAUCCCAACCUUUUACUUCUACCAGCGAUACGAGCCGUUCGAAAACAGCACUUUCUUUCUUCCAAACGAAGAGGAGAAUGAGCCCGAUGACCAUCAUUACGUGUGCGACUUCAAACAUGACGACAGAAAUUUGGCUCCCUAUUUUAAAGUGAUGAUCCCAAGCAUCCAGCUGGGAGUCGGCUUCUUCCUGCCACUGUUAAUCAUGAUCUUCUGCUACACCUCCAUCAUCGUCACACUAAUGAAAGCUAAAAACUUCCAGCGACACAAAGCGGUGCGGGUGGUGUUGGCUGUGGUGGUGGUGUUUGUCAUUUGCCACCUUCCCUAUAACAUCUCUCUGCUGUACCACACCAUCAACAUGUUCGACGUGGUGAAGUGCCAAGUUGCAGAUACUUUGAAAGUGACCCAGAAUGCUCUGCAAGCUGUUGCCUACCUGCACUGCUGCCUGAACCCGGUUCUUUAUGCUUUUGUUGGAGUUAAGUUCAGGAACCAUUUCAGGAGGAUCUUUAGAGACCUGUUCUGCCUCAGUAAAAAGUACAUGACCCAGCGCCGCUUCUCCAGGGUCACCUCCGACAUGUACAUGUCCUCCAUCCGCCGCUCUGUGGAGGGAUCUGGUGACAGCAACUUGUCUUUCACCAUGUAAGGUGUAGAGCUUCAGCUUUAAGGGUCUACAAGUUGGAAGUGGACUUAUGCUGAGUUGGCUGUGAAACAACAAAGAUCCAAGAAGACUGUCUCUGAAGGAUCUUUGAAGGAGAACGCAUCUGCAUCUUUAUUCUAUGAUUGGAAACAAAAACAUGCUAACUGCCUUCUUUUUUUUUCUGCUAAUGACAUUCUGUGAGCUGUGUUUUAGAAACUGAAACUGUGUGUUUAUGAUUAAAGGGCAUCAAUAUUUGCAUCAUAUCCCACAGUGGAACAUCCUCACACUGAUGGUUUACAGACUUGGGGUUUAUUCUGUCCAACAGACAUGAACUGUGCGAAUCAAAGUCUCAGUUCUUUGUUCUAACCUGUACAACUUGCUGUCCGAGCAGACACACCCGCCCACAAAUCAAUCUCAUUGAUUUAGUGUACAGUUAAAGCUCCAUGUGUGCUCUUAUUGAUUUUAAUAAAAGCUUUUUUUUAAUUCAUACUUGUUUUGUUUUGUCAAGCAGCUCAGCAUGACAGACUGUUUCAUGACAGACAAUUUUCAUGUAACAACAGAGGUAGAUUACUGACAGUCAAACCUUCCAUCUCUUAUUCAUCAAAUAUUGUUUACUUUAAGGUCAGAUAGUUGUGAUGGUUGGGGGUGGGGUUAACAACUCAAAGAAUGCAGACAAGCAAAUAAGGCCAGAAUAGAGCAGAAACCACUAAAAUACAGUGAGGUAAAUAUAUAUUUGAACACCCUGUUAUGUUAUAAGCUCUCACACGACGUCAUGGACAGUUUCAUCUUAAGUGCAUGUCCAUGUGAGACAUCAUUUAAAAGAAUCUGGAAAUCGCAUUGCAUGAUUUUUUUCAAUAAUGUAUUUGUAUGCUACUGCUGUAAAUAAAUAUUUGAACACCU